AUGGGUCAACACGGGGCGAUUAGGCUACAGAACGAGGUGCAAGAAGGCGUUAUGCCGGUACACGAGCUGACAGAAGAAGAGCAAUGGGCUGAAGAACACCGGAAAAUGCAUGAGAAGCAUAAGGGACACGAGGCGAUGCACAUGGAAAUGAUGAUAAUUUUCAUUAUUUCUGUAGUCGUCGGACAGAUUUUUCUGGUGACGUGGAAGAGGAAACAUUUCAAGUCAUAUCAGAUGUGCACCCUCAUCGGAAUGCUCACCAUUCCCGUCUACGUGUGCUUCAAUCGUUCCUGGUAUCGUUUCCUUGCCACGUGGCUUGUCUUUUGCAUAUUCUCAGCAUUCAUAUGGGUAAAAGCGUCGGCACAACAUAUCAGUGGUGGCACGCCGAGAAUGGUGUACAAAUGGUUUCUGUUUCUCCACAAGAUGAGUUAUGUUUUGGGUGUCAUUGGAUAUUUGAUAAUGAUGGCCGCUCUUCUUGGUUUUCAUGUUCUUUUCGGAGUUACACAGCCAACUCUUAUGGAUAUUGGAAUCCUAUUCAUGUUCUACGGCGUCUACUACGGAGUACUCGGCAGAGAUUUCGCCCACAUUUGUACAGCUAGAAUGGCGUCGAGAAUCGGGUAUUACACCGCUGAAGGCCUUCCCAAAAAGCACCUGGAAGACGGCGUUUGUGCGGUUUGUGCUGGUCGAUUGGACGAUUCUGAUCACGUGCAUGAGGCAGUUAUUCAGAAUAAGUUGGGCGAGGACGAUGAUGAAAAGUUGUAUAAAUUAUCGUGUGGCCACGUGUUCCAUGAGUUCUGUAUCCGUGGAUGGGUAGUCGUUGGAAAGUUACAAACGUGUCCGUAUUGUAAGGAGCGAGUGGAUUUGCAGAGAAUGUUUAAGAAUCCAUGGGAAAAACCUCACUUAUUCUACGGAAAACUGCUCGACUGGAUUCGUUAUUUGGUGUGUUGGCAGCCACUCAUUGUCACAGGAGUACAAGGAAUCACCACGUGGCUUGGACUGGAAUAA